GAAAAAAGGGUUCAGUGGCUCGUCGAUCUCUCUAGCAGUUUUCUUUCUUUUUCUUCAACCUUGUUCCGUGUACCAUCAUCAUCCAUGGCUGACAAGACCGAGUCCGAUUCUCGCCCCACUCAAAUCUCCAAAGAAGACACGCAAGGAUCCAUCAAUCCUGUUCCGCUUUCACCACAAUGGCUUUUUCCAAAAGCUGGGGAGAACAAAUCGGGGACAUCAACAGGGGAGGUCAAUUUCAGCCCACAUUCAGCUUAUGUGGGUCAGUCCGACUCCCCAAAAUCCCCAAGGAUGGGAGAUGAUGUUAGUGACCAACAGAAGAAGAAAGGCAUAUUUAAGCCUUCUGUGAUGAACACGGAAUCUGCAGGCCAUAAUCGCUGGCGUGAAGAAGAAAGGGACACUAAUUCCUCUAUCCGCUGGGACCAUUCGAGGGUGGGGGAUGGUGAUGAUCGCAAGGUGGAUCGCUGGACUCCUGGUGGAAGGCAUUUUGGAGAACCUCGCCGUGUUCCAUUGGAACGUGUUGCUGAUUUGGGAAAUAGGGAGAGUAAUUACGAUCAGCAUCGAGAUGGAAAGUGGAACACACGAUGGGGGUCUGAUACUAGGGAAGCAGAUCUGCAUGAGAAACAGAGUGAUUUCAUCAAAGAUGUUGAAUAUCCCUCAGAAAAAAGGCAGUCUAGUCUUGGAUAUCACAAUAAUGAACAAAGAGAAGGGGACAACUAUCGUCGCUGGAGAUCUAAUUUGUCCCUGAGUCAAGGUAGGGUAGAUCCCUCUCACCAUCUAGACAUGGCGCCAAACAAGCAGGGCUAUACAGUAAGUCAUGGUCGGGGACGUGGAGAAAAUGCUCCAACUUCCCCCCCUGGUCAAGGAAGGAUGCCCUCUCUAGGCAGUCAUAUGGAUGAUGUUUCUUCUCAUAUUUGGUCAGAGAAGGUUGAAAGUAUCCACAAUGAGUCAUCUCCUUUAAGAUACAGCCGGGCCAAGUUGUUAGAUGUGUAUAAGGUUACUGAUAUGACAUCCUCUAGCAAAAUUUUAGGAGGGGCUGUUCAAAUACCUUUACUUGUGCAAGAGGAAACUCUUGAGCCUCUAGCCUUUUGUGUACCCAGUGCUGAAGAAAUGGUAAUCCUGAAAGGAAUUGACAAUGGGGAAAUUUUGAGUAGCGGAGCACCCCAGGCGAAUAAAGAUGGUCCUGCUGGGCGAAAUUCAACUGAAUUUUUGCAGUCAAGAAAAAAUCAACAAGGCAGUCAAAAUGGAAUGCAUCUUAGACAUGAUAAUUACAGAGAUGAGACUACAGAUGAUAAAAGAGGCAGGCAUUCCAAACCCUUCUAUGAGAGACAUAUACACUCUUCGCACUUCAACUCUAAAUUUGAGGUCACACAGGAUUCUGAAAGAUUUUCUGACCUCAAGUUGAAUGCUGAAGGAAAGUGGAGACCAUCAUAUAUUAGUGACCGGCCACAUGUAGUCUCUAAAGGAUUUACAACGAUGCCUAUGAAUGCUGGCUCCAAUAUUGGCUGGUCUGACCCCCAUACAGAUUUGGCUGAUGAGCGUCACAGAAGUCUAACAGAUUCAUCUUACACCAAAAGUGAAGGACAAAAACAACAACAUGGGAAUGAUCAGUUGCUCAAAAGACACGAUUCUGUUAUUCUAGACAAGUCAGAGUCAGAUUUGCAAAAGUUGCCACAACCAUCCCCAGAAAACCUAGUGCUUUAUUACAAAGAUCCACAUGGUGAAAUUCAAGGCCCGUUCUCUGGCGGUGAUAUCAUUGGUUGGUUUGAGGCUGGAUAUUUUGGAAUAGAUUUACUUGUUCGUUUAGCGGGUGCCCCGGCAAAUGUACCAUUUUCUCAACUUGGGGAUAUUAUGCCUCACUUGUGUCCCAAGCCACGACCACCCCCUGGUUUUGGUACACCAAAGCCUAACAUUGAUGUUUCAACUGGAAUGAAUUUAAAUGCCUCCGAAAAUGUUCUUUCAGGUCCAACUGAGAAUGAUUCUUCAAAAAGUGGUCAAAGAUAUAAUCCCAGCUCAACAUGUGGUGAGGCUGAGAAUAGGUUUUUGGAGUCGCUCAUGUCUGGUAGCAUGAGUAAUGCACCCAUGGAGAAGUUUGUUCACUCAGAAGGGGAAAAUCUGUACGCCCUGGCAAAAAUGAUGUCACUUGAGAGGCAAACAUCCUUACCAAAUUCUUAUUGGUCAGCAAAAGAGGUCAAUCCUGUUGUUCCAACACCAGAUGUGGUUCAUGAUAAUGCUCUCCAACACCAGAUGUCUUUACUUCCAGGUAUGCCAGAUAGAUCAGCAGGAAUGAACAGUGGUUGGUCCAACUUCCCCUCUCAAGGAGGACUGGGGAACCUUCAAAGCUCACUAGAAAUGCACAAUGCUCAACGAUUGAACACCCAAGCUGCGUUUGGUGGGAACCAGCAACCGAGACUACCAGCACAAAACCCUUCUUUAUAUGAGUUUAUGGGUCAAACAUGGGAGAAUAAGCCGACCAGCAUUUUAGCCCCUCCCGGGAUUUCCCAAGAUCCACAAGUGUUAGGUUUGCUUCAGCAGCAGUACUUAUUGCAGCUGCAAGCACAGUCUACAUUGCCACCUCAGCAACUUUUGGUUCUGGAAAAACUGUUGUUACUCAAGAAGCAGGAACAAGAACAACAACAAUUAGCACACCAACAACAACUGCUUUCUCAGAUUCUGGCAAACAAUCAUUCUUCCGAGCAGCACAUUGGUGAACAUCUGUCAUAUGCCCAAUCACAAAAGAAUGGGACAUCGACAGGAAAUCUCACAACCAUAGAUCUUGCCCAUUUACAACCACCACAUGCUUUGUUUACCCCGAGCACUCAAAAUCCGGUACCUGAUAUAGCUACAGGAAAUCUAGCUACUACAGGCCAUGCCUACUCACAGCCAUCACAUGGUUUGUAUGCUCUGGGAACCCUAAAUCAGGUACCAGAUAUAGCUUCAGCAUAUCUUACUACUACGGGUCAUGCCCACACGCAGCCACCACAUGCGUUAUUUACCCCGCACACCCAAAGUCAAGUACCUGCUAUACCCACUGGAAAUCUUACUGUGGGUCAGGCUCAUUUACAGCCGCCACAUGCUUUGUUUACUCCGGGCACCCAAAGUCAGAUACCUGCCAUGGAAGAAGACCGAGCUUCAGAUUACUGUGCCUUGCCAACUACCAUUUCUCUGGAUAUGGCAAAUCGCAAUGUCAGUUCUGAAACCUCUUCUAUACAUUUGCCACAUCAACUUUUUGGAGCUCAUCAUAAAUCAGAAAGUACCAAACCUGCCUCAGUAAUGAAUUCUGUGGCUGUUCCAAAAUUUACACCUCCCUCUGGGCAUGAUAUUCAAUUCAGUCUUGAUAAGAAAAGUGAACAUGUACAGCCAUUACCUGAAUGCCAUAAGAAUCAACAAUGUGAAGGUGAUCAAAGAGCCUUUGAAUUGUCCUUGGUAAAUAAUGAAAUGAAGGAUGUUGAGUCAUCUUCUCUGAAGGACACAAAGAGUACUGCAUCAUGUGAAGUUAAGAAAUCCAUAGAGAAGAAACCAAAAAAGCAAAAGUCUGCUAAAAUGCAAGCUGUUGACACUGGGAAUGGAUUGUCUCAGACAAAAAACUCAAAGUCAUCAGAAUCUAAGGGCAUUGCUCUUUCUCAUGUGAUAUCUGAAGCACAUGGUUAUCCAACUGCAUUAGAUGUAGCCUCUGAACCUGAAACAUUGGAGAGGAAAAAAAACAAAGUUGUGGUCAAUAAUGUGAAUGCACAACCAGAGGGAAGUGAAAAUGAUGGAACAAAGGUGUCUGAUAUUGAAGAUGAUGGUGAACCUUUUAUUGAAAUAAAAAAUACGGAAAAAAAUCGCAAGAAGUCGGCAAAAGCUAAGGGGGCGUCAUCUAGGAACUCGGCACAUGUUGUUCUUCCUGUGGAAAUUUCUGAAGGAUCAACAAGCCUCAUUGAGAACAAAGGCAAGAGUGGUUCUCGUCAAUCUCAAACGGAUAAAGAUGCUUUACUUGCUGUACCUUCGGGCCCUUCUCUGGGAGAUUUUGUUUUGUGGAAGGCUGAGAGUGCAAACCCUUCCGCUCCUACUCCCGCGUGGUCUGGCUCUGGAAAAAUACCAAAACCCACAUCUUUGAGAGACAUCUUGAAGGAGCAAGGAAAGAAGGCUCCUCAUGGUCAACAGCAGCACAUUCAAGUGCCAACACCACAGAAACCUGGUCCGAGUCAACCGGCUGUAGGAGGAGCCACAGAAACCUCACGGUCAACAGCAGCACAUUCAUGGUCACUUACUGCUUCCUCUCCUUCCAAGACUGCUACCCCAAUUCAGAUCAGUACACGAGGAGCUCCACAAGAAAACAUUCAAGAAGAUGAUUUGUUUUGGGGGCCAGUAGAGCAUCCGAAGCAAGAUGGAAAACAGUGGGGGUCAGUUAAAGGUUGCAUUCCCAGUGGAUCAUUUAGCAAGCAAAAUUCGAUUAGCAGAACCCCUGACCCGGGUCGGUCAACAUCUUUGACAGGGAAUAAAGUUCUCCCAACAAAGCACUCAGAAGCCACUGAUUUCAGAAAGUGGUGUGAAAGUGAGUGUGAACGGCUCCUCGGGUCCAGAGAUACAAGCAUUCUAGAGUAUUGUUUAACACAAUCCAGAUACGAGGCUGAAAUGCUGCUUAUCCAGAAUAUGGGCUCCUUUGAUCCUGAGCAUCACUUUAUCAACCAGUUCCUAAGCUACAAGGACUUCUUGGCCUCUGAUGUUCUUGCUAUGGCCUUCGACAGUCUGAAAGAUCUAAAGGUCUCCACUGGUAAAAGUGCUUCUGGAGAUGCGACUUCGGAUGCAGGUCCGGGCAGCGAUGCUGGUGGUGCUUGGAAUGUGGUCACGAGAGGGGGUGAAAAGAAAAAGGGAAAAAAAGGUAAAUAAGUCAGAGCUUGGGCUUAAUGUGGAGGAGAUCCAGAGCUUAGAUUAAAUACUGAACUAGGUGUAAAUACUGUUUUUAGCAAUUGAGACUGUACAUGGAAUGGAUGGCUUGUUGAAAUUUAGAUUUCUUACAGGGAGUAAAGCUCAGCAGUAAUAUUUCAUGUGCACCGGCAAUUUUUGCGGCCUUUUUGCGCUGUUCUUUUUGUUUGUCAUUGGUUUUGAUCUUCUAAACUAAUCAGGUUGUGCUUAUGUUGGCAAAUUGACAAUGGGCAAUAGUACCUCACAUGAUUAUAACCGCAUUGUUGUGAAUUACUAAUAUGCUCUUGAGCUCGAUAUUUGUUUACUUGGUGAGAAUACUAUUUUAUGGUUUAUUUUGUUAAAAAGGAUACUUCCG